AUGCCUGCAAUCUGGAUUACCAUCAGUCCCAACGACAUUAAUAACCCGGUAAAGAUGAAGCUUGCCAUUCAUAGGCUCCACGAUUACGAGUCUGCGAAGGAGCUUUUGGCCGAUCUCCGUGAAAAGUACGACAGGAUCGCCCUGAGCACCAUGGAUCCGGUCAGCUCGGCCAUCUUCUUCCACCGAGAAAUAUCCCUAUUCUUUGAAAAGUAUGUGAAUACAGGCCGGGAAUCGAUCUUCGGGAAGAUCAGCCACUACUACGCGACGGUGGAAACGAAUGAGCGAGGCAGCCUCCACUUGCAUGGACUCCUCUGGCUGGACGGCAACAUGCGCUUACCGAACUUGAUAGACGACAUGGCCAAUCCCGCGGAAGAAGCAUAUCGCGCCCAGGUGAUUCGAUAUAUAGACUCCGUCUUUCAUGAGUGUCUAGAUGAAGAUGCCGGAAAAGCCGUGCGACAGGAGAGGAAGCCCAUCGAUCCCGUGGAGGAGGUCAUGACCAGCACCUCGGCUCUCACUGCGGCUUUUGAAGACGAAUCCAAUUUUAUCGCAUACUCCUGCCGCUUCAAGGCACCGUGGAAGAUCGUCGAGCAGACAGGAUUCACAGAGGAUGGCUUGCUUCAGAUUCGGCGCAACCAUCCACUCGUCAACCGGUAUAACAAGUCGUUGGCGGUCGGCCUUCGCCACAACCACGACGUCUCGAUGAUCUUGACCAAGACCAAGGGCCUGGCCAUGGUGUACUACAUCACGAACUACGCCACCAAGCUGGAUACGCCGAUGUGGAAGCGCAUUGCUCUCGCCACCGAGGUUGCCCGCCAACUUCGCGAGGCCGGUCGUCCGACGUCUCGCGCGCCAGGUCCCGCCCUGCCCGACGAGAGCGACAACUCGGCUGUCGAGGUUUGUUACCACCUCCUUGGAUAUGACACCGACUUUACCAACGUGCCGCAUUGGUCCUUCUUGAACUUGACGGCCCUAUACUGGACAAUCUUUCGGCUAUGGGCGCAUCUCCGCCAUCAGGCCGGCGAGCUCACGGACGCCGAACAGCCCCAGAGACAAUCCUCUGAGGCAAGGAGGGCGAACCCUAUUAUGCCUGGAGGCUACGCCGUCCCGAUCUUCCAAGGAUACAUCAGCGACGACCACGAGGACGAUCACCCAGUCUAUAUUAAGCGAAACUCUGUCCUACAUUUGGCGUUAUUCGUCCCUUGGGAAAACUUCACUUCUGAGAGCCUAGGUGAUAUAACCGACAUAUGGACGACGCAUCGAGCGGGCCUUUGUCCCCGCCUCCGUUUCUACGUCUCUAACAUUUGUCUUUUGAGAAAGUCUGCCGAAGACGCGCGUAAGGACGCGAAGCUCUGGGCCAGUCGGUCGGAGGGCGACGACACAAUUGACGUUGAGUACCCGCUUGACGAUGGCCGAUACGAAGAAGAGCCUCCAGCGAUGGCUCAUCGUCAGGCCUACAGAGCUCUACUCCAGAUUUUGCGAAAUGCCGUGCAGGACACGGACGCCACAAAAGACUCCCCCGUCCUUGGAGGUUUAAUACACGAUCUGUGCGAAGAGAACCCGGCUGGAGAAGAGCAACCUUUGUCCAACGUCAAGAGGAUCUCGGCCAAGGCCCAACAACUAUUGCAUCUUCGGAUGCUAGACGACAUUGAGGGUGGUUCCCAGGGGACCAUGCUUUCCGCGGAUGGCGCCGACAUCGACGAUACGCUAGCUCGCUACGGCGAUACGGAGUCCCCUGCUGCGCUCCCGGGCAGCGACCUCAAUGAACGAGGCCCUCGGAUGCUUGUCGACGUCAGUCCGGCAACUAGCUUCGCGGAGAUGGGACACACCGCCGCGGCCAGCUUUACACUGAACUAUCUACAGACCAUGGCCCUUCAACUCGUUUGCCUGUUUCUGGACAAGUAUACUGCUAAUCCGGACUCAGCGGGUCAGCAUCUUCAAUACACCGGCGGGCCGGGUGGCACGGGAAAGUCGAGGAUUAUCGAUGCCCUGAAGGACGUGUUCGCGGCGAGGAACCAGCCGCAUCUUCUGCAGAUAACCGGCACGUCGGGCAGUUCGGCGGCCCAGAUUGGCGGCACGACGAUCCACUCGGCCUGUGGGUUAGAUUCCCAUCGCGAUCCAAACAAACCGCCUCCCCCCUUCUCGGAGGCGAAGAAGUGGAUCUGGAAACAGAAGCUGGUACUCGUGAUUGACGAGGUCAGUAUGCUGGGAGGAGCCACUCUGCACAACGUCAGUCAUUACCUGCAGGCACUCCGUGACUGUCCGGACGAACCGUUUGGCGGCAUGCCCGUCGUUCUACUGAUGGGAGACUUCUACCAGUUCGCCCCCGUGCGGGAGACAAGCCUACUGAUCAUCAGACCGCCGGACCGAACAGAGACCCCCUUGCGACAAGCGACCAUAUCUCACCACAGCGGCUGCAGAUUGUGGCAUCUGUUCAAAACCGUGGUGCUCCUCGAAGACCAAGUCCGCGCACGCAACGAUCCCCAGCUCCGUGCACUCCUGGAUCGAGUUCGUAACGGGCGCCAGACCCAUGAAGAUCUGAGCUUGCUCAAUGCCAACAUUGUAGGACGCUCGCAAAUCACCUUCCACGAUGGUUUGCGCGCUAUAACGCCGCUGAACCGCACCCGGUGGGCCCUCAACAUGGAAGCUGUUGUGGGCUGGGCGCGCUUCAACAAGCGGCACAUCCGUAUCUUUGUCUCGACUCACACCUGGCGCAACGGCACGCUGUCUCCAAACCUCAUAGCGCGAACCAUCGGACAAGGCGACGACUCUGCCUGCAAAGUCCCCGGCGUCUUCUUCUACGCCCAGGGCAUGCCCGUGGUUGUGAACAAGAACAUCUACACUGGCCUGAAGGUGAUGACGUGA